UCUCUUCUAUUGUGCUUCAGAGCAACAGUGAACAAUACCCAGAGAAAUGGAGACCCGUGCCUCAAAGAAAAGAACAACCACCAAUCAACCACCGUUUGUCCUCGUUCCCAAAAGGCAGAGAGUUGUUUUGGAACAAUUUCCAGAUCUCAAUAUUCCUGAUUAUCAAUCAAUACAGAAACUCCAGUGUCGAAAAAACCCUAACCUCAACAAAUCUGCAUUAACAUCAACCAUUUCCUUACUUCCUAAUUCCAAUUCCGAUAAGCCAGUUUGUAACAAAAGCAAUGCCAAACGUGACAUUCAACAGAUUGAUGAGCCUUAUGUAUCUGAUAUCUCAGAUUAUCUUCGCGCAAUGGAGAUCCAGGAAAAACGAAGACCAGCGGUUGACUACAUGGAAAAAGUUCAGAGAUGCAUUACUACAAACAUGAGAGGGACAUUGGUUGAUUGGUUAGUUGAGGUUGCAGAUGAAUACAAACUUCUUCCAGAAACCCUUCAUUUAGCUGUUUCCUACAUUGACAGAUUCCUAUCUAUUCAAUCUCUCAAUAGAUCCAAGCUUCAGUUGCUUGGUGUUUCCGCCAUGCUCAUUGCAUCGAAGUAUGAAGAAAUCACUCCACCAAAAGCACUAGAUUUCUGCCAAAUUACUGAUAACACCUAUGAACUGCACGAGGUUUUAGAGAUGGAAGCUCACAUACUCAAAUCCCUAAAUUUUGAAAUGGGAAACCCUAAUGUCACCACGUUUUUAAAGAGGUUUGGUGCAAUUGCAUCUGAGAAUCGAAAGACUUCCAAUUUGCAGUUUGAAUAUUUGUGCAACUAUCUUGCUGACUUAAGUUUGCUUGACUAUGAGUGUAUAAAAUUCUUGCCUUCUGUUGUGGCUGCCUCUGUUAUAUUUCUUGCCAAAUUUAUUAUCCGGCCUAGAUUACAUCCUUGGACUUUGUCCCUCUAUGAAUCAUUGGGUUAUGAAUCUGAUGAUUUGAAAGAAUGUGUUACUGUUCUACAUGAUUUGUAUUUGUCAAGAAGGGCAGCAUCCUUGAAAGCUGUUCGUGACAAAUACAAGCAGAAAAAGUUUAAGUGUGUUGCAAACUUGCCUUCCCUGCCUGAGCUGCCAGACUGUUACUUUGAAGAAGUUCAUGGCUGACAACUAUAGAGGAUUUUUCGAGGUGUUCUUAUAUGAAAGGAACUAGUUUCUUCUGCACAAAUGGUGAUAAUUUCAAAUUUUGAUGUUGUGGCUUGUGGAGAAUCAGUUUCUUCUACAGAAGAUGGUGAUAAUUUCAAAUUUUACAUGACUUUUGACGACCUAUCAAUUACUGAUAGUAACAUCUGCUGGAUUUCAUAAUCCAAUUAUCAAUUACUACUGAUGAUCACAUCUGCCAGAUUUUCAAAAUCCUUGCUGACUCUUUGCUAAUGGCUCAACUCUGUUCAAGUUGUCAAAUACAGCCUAUUCUCCUUUCAUCUUGCCCAUGAUAAACUAAAACAUAUGUUUGGUCACUUGCUGAAUACUUUAUUCUUUAUUGGUUCUUGUUGGUAAAUAAAAUUAUAGUGUUGUUUAAUUGUUUAUGAUUUGUAUGGUCAACAAAAUUGCAAAAGUGCAAACAAUUUAAGUGGCACAUAUGUGAUACUACAUGAUUAUUAGUUUGCAAUGAACAAUAGACUCUUUCUGCAUAGAUGAGAUA